AUGGCGGAUUGGAAUUUCACGCACCGCACGGCGCGGGUCAACGGGGUCAACAUACACUACGUGAUCGAGGGCGACGGGUAUCCGGUGGUGCUGCUGCACGGGUGGCCGGAGAUGUGGUUCUCGUGGCGCAAGCAGAUUCCCGUCCUAUCCCAGGACUACCAGGUCAUCGUGCCCGACAUGCGCGGGUUCGGCGCGUCGGAGAAGCCGCUGCAAGACUACCGGACCCGGACGGCGGCGACCGACAUCUACGAGUUGGUGCGGCACCUGGGGCACGACAAGAUCGCCAUCGUGGGGCACGACAUCGGCGUGCGGGUGUCGUACCGCUACUGCCUGGAUCAUGAGGCGGAGGUGGACCGGCUGGCGCUGCUGGACGGGACGCAUCCGCUGGAGCAGCUGGGCCCGCAGACGCCGGAGGGUGUGCGGGAACGCUGGCACUCGUACUUCCACCAGAUACCGGACCUGGCGGAACACCUGGUCCGGGGCAACGAGGAGGCCUACCUGCGGCACUUCUACCGCAACUGGUCGGUGAACCAGGCGAUGAUGUCGGACGAGGAGGUGGAGGUAUACGCCACAGCCUACGCACAGCCGGGGGCGCUGCGGGGCGGUUUCUCGUACUACCGGGCCGCGGCGUACGAGGAUCCGCCGGACUGGCGGGCCGACGCGGAACGGGUGCUGGACAUUCCGGUGCUGUACCUUUGGGGCGAACGUCGCCAGCGCACGUCUGCCGCCAGCGGGCUGGAUCCCGAGGCGUCGUGGCAGAAGGCGGCGUCGAACCUUCGGACGCAGUUCAUCGCGGGCGGCGGGCACUUCCUGCACGAGGAGAAGCCCGACGAGGUGAACGCGGCGCUGCUGGGGUUCCUGGGUGAGAUCGGGGGCUAG